UUUUACCUUUAUAUAAACCACAAAUAUCAUUGCCUUCAAUUCAUACCAAUUUACAAUCCUCCCUCAAAAAUCACCUCAACUCAACAAAGCUUUCUUUGAUAACAAAAAAUGGUUUCUAAAAACCAAAAUCAAUACAUGUGUGUUUUGUUCCUCAUCCUUGCACUUGGUGUUACUAAUGUAAUAUCCCGAAAUCUGCAAUCAUCUUCAUCAUUAUCAUCCUUAGAAAAAAGACACGAACAAUGGAUGACCGAAUAUGGCAAAGUGUAUAAAAAUGAUGCUGAGAAAGACAACCGUUUCAUGAUAUUCAAGGACAAUGUUGAAUUCAUUGAAUCAUUCAAUGCUGCCAACAAAAAACCUUACAAACUAAGUGUUAACCACCUUGCUGAUUUGACUCUUGAAGAAUUUAAGGCUUCCCGUAAUGGUUACAAAAGAAGGUCUACUGGUACUGAGCUUACUUCAACAUCAUUUAAAUAUGAAGAUGUGACUUCUAUUCCAGCAUCUGUAGAUUGGAGGGUAAAAGGUGCUGUUACUCCAAUCAAGGACCAAGGUCAAUGUGGGAGCUGCUGGGCAUUUUCCACUGUUGCUGCAACUGAAGGUAUCAACCAAAUAACAACCGGCAAACUAGUAUCUCUCUCAGAACAAGAGCUAGUUGAUUGUGACACAAAGGGAGAAGACCAAGGAUGUGAAGGAGGACUAAUGGAAGAUGGUUUUGAGUUUAUCAUCAAAAAUGGUGGAAUCACAAGUGAGUCUAAUUAUCCUUAUAAAGCAGCAGAUGGCAGUUGUAACACUGCAACAAUUGUUCCUGUUGCAAAGAUUAAAGGAUACGAGAAAGUUCCGGUCAAUAGUGAGGAUGCACUUCUCAAGGCUGUGGCUAAUCAACCAAUAUCAGUUUCUAUUGAUGCGAGUGAUUCAAGUUUCAUGUUUUAUUCGCAUGGAAUAUAUACAGGAGAAUGUGGAACUGAGUUAGAUCAUGGUGUUACAGCAGUUGGGUAUGGAAGUGCAAAUGGAAGUGAUUAUUGGUUGGUUAAGAAUUCAUGGGGAACAGUGUGGGGUGAGAAAGGAUACAUAAGGAUGCAAAGAGGUAUAGCUGCUAAAGAAGGCUUGUGUGGCAUUGCCAUGGAUUCUUCUUAUCCAACUGCUUAAUUCAUUUCUCCAAUUAUGUAUAUAUUGAAUCUCAAGCAUAUGCUUGUAGUUUCUUUUCUUUUACUUAAACAAACUUAUAUGGAUACAUACAUGUAAACUAAUACUUCGUGGCAUUAAACAUACAAAAUCUAUAAAGCCAUGUUAUUUAAAG